UUCUCAGCAGAUCAAAACCCGCUUUAGGUUCAGGAAAUGAUUCAGUGAAAACUAGAAGCCGAAAUGCGAUGGAGAACAACAACUCCCAAUUUGAGGAGUAUUUAUUUAAACGGGAUUAUACAGGAGCAAUUACACUACUUGAGUUUAAAGACCAAAAUACCUUAACGGAUCUUUGGAUGGCUUACUGUGCUUUCCAUAAAGGCGAUUACAAAAAAUCAUUAUCAUUAUAUGAAAAACUCUAUCAACAGCAUACAGAUCUCGAUAAUAUAGCAGUUAACAUAGCCUGUUGCUACUUUUACUUAGGAAUGUACCACGAGUCCAAAGAAAUAUUACAGGAAGCUCCAACAAAUGGACUAAAAGUGAGACUAAAUUUCCAUUUAUCACACAAAUUAAGAGACGAAGUGACCCUUAUGGAAUAUCACCAACAGUUACAGGACGUUGUGGAAGACCAAUUGAGUUUAGCAGCCAUACAUUAUUUACGAGCGCAUUACCAAGAAGCAAUAGACAUCUACAAAAGGCUAUUGUUGCAAAACAGAGAAAAUCUCGCGUUGAACGUCUACGUAGCUUUGUGUUACUAUAAACUGGAUUAUUAUGAUGUCUCUCAAGAAGUUUUAGGCUUAUAUUUGGGUCAGUUUCCAGAUUCGGUCAUAGCGAUCAAUUUGAAAGCGUGUAACUCGUUUCGUCUGUAUAAUGGUUCGACCGCUGAAACUGAAAUUAGAACAAUUGUCGAACAAUGCGCCAACGCUGGUUUCGGAUACGAUCUCAUCAAGCAUAAUCUAGUGGUGUUUCGCGAUGGCGAAGGUGCAAUGCAGAUAUUUCCCGCACUGGUUGAUGUUGUACCAGAGGCAAGACUCAAUUUAGUGAUACACUAUUUAAGAAACGACGACACUAAAGAAGCCUACGAACUUUUAAAGGAUCUUCAACCUUCCGUGCCUCAAGAAUACAUACUUAAAGGUGUGGUGAAUGCAGCGUUGGGGCAAGAUUUAAACUCGCAUGUGCAUAUUAAGGCAGCGGAGGAAUGUUUCCAUUUGGUUGGAAGUUCAGCGAGUGAAUGCGAUACAAUCCAUGGCAGGCAGUGUAUGGCAGCUGCGUACUUUCUCUCUGGAAGUUUCGAGGAAGUUUUGGUUUAUCUAACAUCUAUUAAGAGCUACCUACAUUCCGACGAUACUUUCAAUUUCAAUUUUGCCCAGGCCAAAACUGCUUGUAAUCAAUACAAAGAAGCUGAAGAAAUAUUCUUGCUAAUAAAAGACAAUAAGAUAAAAGAAGAUUAUAUUUAUGUCUCGAACUUGUCGAGGUGCUAUGUUAUGAAUCGCAAGCCGCAGUUAGCGUGGGAGUUGUACUUAAAAAUGGAAAAUAGUACAGAGGGUUUUAACUUGUUGUUGUUAAUCGCGAACGAUUGUUACAGGAUCGGAGAAUUUUGGUAUGCAGCCAAAGCCUUCGAUAUGCUAGAUCGUUUGGAGCCCAAUCCGGAAUUUUGGGAGGGGAAACGUGGUGCUAUUGUUGGGGUAUUUCAAGGUGUUAUUGCGAAGAAAUUGCCGGUUGAUAAUUUAGGAGAGGUUUUGCAGAUGUUAAGGACAAGUUCUUCUACACAAAGCGAGCAAAUUGCUAGGAUUAUUAGGAAGUGGGCCAAAGAACAACGGCUACCUCUCUCUUAAAUGCAUUUUUCAUUAUUUUAAAAAAUUAAAAUACUA